UUUUAAUUUAAUCAAAAAUGGUAGAAAAACGGCUCAUUUUUAAAUCCGACCGGAAGUCGCCAGUUUGAGUCUCUUAUUGUUGUGAGUUCCGUUAAGCUAAGCUAACAGCUAACCCGCGCAGAGACUCGUUGAGCCGGAGAGAUGAGCAGACACGGCCGCAGCGGGGGAGGAGAGAUGAAGGUGUACGUGGGGAACCUGGGCUCGGGGGCCGGCAAGAGUGAGCUGGAGCGAGCCUUCGGGUUCUACGGGCCCCUCAGGACUGUCUGGAUCGCCAGGAACCCUCCGGGCUUUGCCUUCGUCGAGUUCGAAGACCCGAGAGACGCCGAUGACGCCGUCCGAGAGCUAGACGGAAAGCAGCUGUGUGGCAGUCGGGUGAGGGUGGAGCUCUCGUCAGGAAGUCCCCGGCGCUCGCGGUAUGACCGCUCCUCCAGCCGGCGGCCAUUCGACCCGAGCGAUAAGUGCUACGAGUGCGGAGAGAAAGGUCACUACGCCUAUGACUGCCGGCGCCGCGGCCGCCGCAGUGGGAGGAGCAGGUCCAGGUCUCGCUCUAGGUCUCGAGGGAGGCGUCACUCCCGCAGCAGGAGCAGAGGGAGGAGGUCCGUCUCCCCACGAGGCUCUCGCUCCGUCUCCCCAAGAAGGUCCAGAUCGAACACAGCGCCACAGAGAGCCAGACCCAGGUCAAGGUCCAGGUCCAGAUCCAGGUCAUUGUCCAGGUCCAGAGCUAGACCCAGGUCCAGGUCUAGGUCAAAGUCCAGGUCCAGGUCCAAGUCAGGGUCCAGACCAAGAGCCAGACCCAGGUCCACGUCCAGAGGCCCGAGCAGGUCCGGAUCCAUGGGCCGCUCUGGAUCUCCAGCCAGGAGUCCUUCGAGCGCGGGGAGUCGCGGCCGGGACGACUGACGAUGACCUCGUGUUUCUGUGAAUGCUUUUAUUUUGAAAUAUUCAGUUGAUGUUGGGUAGUAGGAGUUUUUGUAUGAACACACUGUUCUCUCUUGUAUUUGAUCAUGUUUGCAGCUCAGUUUACUUCCUGUUAACAAACAAUAAAGAUUUAUACAACAUGA